AUGAAUUGGGCCAGAGACAACGGAUUAGAAAUUAAUCUUUUAAAAACAAAGGCUAUGCUUCUAGGAACGAAUAGUAGGGUAAAAGCAUUGCAACGAGAAGGUUUACCUCCCAUCAUUAUCGACGGAGUGGCUCUACCUUUUACUGAGUCUGCUAAGUGCCUCGGUCUCCAUUUAUCGUGUAAUUUAUCGUGGAAUCUUCAUAUAUCCAAGAGUAUCAGUAAAAUAAAUUCAUCAUUGUAUAGUUUAAAAUUACGUAAGAAUAUUUAUACUCCUAAUAUUAAAAAACUUUUAGUCUCAGCAACUAUACUACCUCUAAUUGAUUAUUGCUCGAUAGUCUUAAUGAAUUCUACAUUUGAUAAUGAUCGCAAACUCCAACGCUCUCUAAACUCAGCAAUACGCUUUAUCUUCAGCUUGAAACGUGAUGAGCAUGUCACCCCCUACAGGCGUGAACUUGGUUGGCUGUCCAUUAAGAGUCGUCGGUUAUACUUUGCUGCAUGUUACUUUUUCAAAUUGUUAAACAUUGGAAAACCGAUAUAUCUGCGAGAUUUAUUUAUCGAAGAUAAUGAUGUAAGACGUUCAGAGAGAUUAGCAGCUAAGAAAAAUAAGAUUAAUUUUAAAUUACCUAAUUUUACAACGACACAGUAUGAAUGUUCAUUUGUCGUUACAGUUAUUCGUUUGUGGGAAGAAUUACCGGCAGAAAUCAUUGAAGCUGUGAGUUUAGAGAUUUACAAUCAUUGUGUAUAA